UUCAGACUCAGCAAUGAAGAGCAUCUGGCUGGCGUUCAUUGUUGGUUGCCUUAUUGGCAUGGCAGCAGCACAAAAAGGCUGCAAGGACAAAAAAUCUGGCACCAAGUACAAUGACGGCGACGAAUGGUUUGAUACAGAUCUCAAAUGUAGAUUCUACCGAUGUGUUAACGGCAAAAUCGAAAAGCAGGCCAACGCAUGUAUCUGGAGGGACGGCUGUUACAAGGACAAGGCUAAAUGGAAGGAUGGUUGCCAUAACUACUUCUGUAACAUGACCCAGCCUGAUGAAAAGACAACUGUGUAUGCUGUCGAAGUCAACGCAGGGUGUAACCACAACGGUACAUGCAGGAAAAAUGGCGAACAAUGGAAGAACGAGUGUCAUACUUACAGCUGUGUUGUUACAACCAAGAAGGACGGGUCUUUAUCUGCUGAAGCGGGACCAAUGGAAAUGGGCUGCAAAUUCAACAAGAAAUGUAAGAAAGCCGGUGAUGAGUGGGAAGAUGGAUGUUUUCAAUACUCCUGUGUCGCUUAUUCAGAGAAAGGAGUAAAACAAAGCAAAAUUAACACCAAACCAGCAUGUUGGGUAAGAGGAACACGAAAAUGUAUUCCAGUUGGCGGAACCGUUGAAAUUCGAUGCAACACCUAUAGAUGUACAUUGGAUGGCAAUAAACUCUCUCUGGAACCAAAGAAAUACGGUUGUCCGUACAACAAAGGUUGUGUUUCCGAGGGUAAAACGAUCAUGAGGCAAUGUUCUAAAUUCAGGUGUGGACAGAAGGGUGAUAAGAUAGGAUUUAUUCCCGACGCACUAGCUUGUAGAUAUAAUGGGAAAUGCUACCCCGAAGGAAAACAAUGGUUCAACAAUACAUUGUGUGCAACAUUGACAUGUGGAAGUUUCCCACAUAAGAAGAGGAACUACUUAAUUAGAAUGAGAGUCAAAGCAUCUGAACAUGGUUGUCCUUGGGAAAAGAAGUGCAAGAAGGAAGACGAAACAUGGGUGGAUAAAGAAUGUAACGAACGUGUAUGUAAAAUCAUCCAAAGGAAAUACCGUGCCACACAUCAGGAACAAUUAGUACAAAAAUUGUGCAUGGAUUCAAAGGGCAAGUGUGUACCGGUUGGAACAACGGGAUAUACGUCGGUUGUUAAAGGUGUCAAAUUCAACAACUGUUAUUGCAAACAGAAGGGAGAGAAAGGUUCCAAGACAAGCUGUUCAUAGAGUUAUUGCAAACACCCGCUUCGUCCUGUGUAACGCAUUACAUACACGAGUUGUGUAUCACAAUUUGAUGUAAAAUUACAUCGCAAAAUUUAAAUAAAAGAAGAAAAUGGCUGUUA